CUCUCUCUCUCUCACACACACACACACACACAAAUCCCUCCAAAACCCUUAAACGGUUUUUUCUUUUUUUACGUACCACUUGACCAAAACCUUUCUAGAUUUCUUCUGUUUUGCAUCUAUGUGCGUGAUAUAUAUUCACCAAUAACGAAUACGAAUGGAUCACCAUCACCAUCAUGAUCAUGAUCAUCAUGCAGCCGAUGAUCAUGAUCAUCAUGCAGGCGGUGAUCAAGACCACCAAGAAACAAGCAGCUUGUUCCACUCCUACCCUAAUUAUCAUGCAUACUUUGUUCAAAGCCCCUACACCGUCUACUCCUCCAACCCGGAUCACAACAGAAACAGCACCGCUGCCGCCGAGUCCACCUUCCACUCCCCAGCCCGACACGACACGGCCACCCCGAUAAUCCUCCGCCACGACUACUCCCCCUCCUCUCGUGGAUCCAACAACUCCUUCAAUUUGCACCACAAGAAGAUCUCCUACGACGCUCGUAGCCAUGAGACCGAGACCGAGAUAAUUAAUAACACAGAUCUGAACCGCCUGAUCAUCGUGGAUAGUACUAGUUCUAUCCUUGACCACCAUGAUGAUCAUGAUGAGGAUCAGUAUUACUAUGGAGAGAAAAGUAGCUUGUGGAAGAGGAGCUGCUCUUAUGAGAAUUCGGAUCCAACUAUGUGGAUUUGUUUGCAAAUAAGUUGUAGAUUUUUGGUGAGCUUGAGUGUUGCUUUGCUUGUUUUCUAUAUUGCUACAAGACCACCCCCACCUAAGAUCUCCAUUGAGAUGGGGAAAAUUGGUGAGUUUGUGCUAGGGGAAGGAGUGGACGCUUCAGGUGUUACAACAAAGAUAUUGACUUGCAAUUUUUCUCUCAAUCUAAUAAUAGAGAACAAAUCUAAGCUCUUUGGGCUUCAUGUUCAUCCUCCAUCCAUGGAAAUCUCCUUUCAGCGCCUAAUUUUUGCUUUUGCACAUGGUCCUCGAAAGCUAUACGCAGAGAGUGGGGUAACGGCAUUCCCGUUGUACAUAGGAACAAAAAACAAGGCAUUGUACGGAGCAGGAAGAGAGAUGGAGGACAUGUUGGAGUCAGGACAAGGAAUGCCAUUGAUGAUUGGUGUGAAAUUGAGCUCAAGUUUUCGAGUGGUCAUGAAUCUUAUUCACCCCAAAUUCCAUCACCAUGCUCGUUGUUUGUUGCUUCUUCACAAGCCUUACGAUAAAACGCACCCAACUCACUUCUACAAUAGUACAUGCACUACUAUCACAUGAUCAUCAUCAUCAUCAUCAUCACAUUAUUUAUGAGACAUUCAUGGAGCUGGGACAAAUUUCAAUAUAUAUAUAUAUAUAUAAGGAAAUAUUGGAUGGAUUUCCAAAUAAUAUCUUAUGUCUGUUUGGAUAACUGAAAACGAUCGAGUCAUCUAUAAAAGCACAAUAAUAUAUGUAUGUCUUGAUUAGUGCUACCAAAAAAGCAAAUAUGUUUUCAUUACU